AUGAACAAGGGAAAGUAUGAAAUGGAGUCGGACGAGUUUUUUAUCAAUGCCAUUCUAGAGGAUCGGGAGGUCAAUGACUUUUCCUGGGAGUUCAGUGAGAUAACAAGCUGCUCUGAUAUGCGGAGUAGCAUAAAGGUUGAGAAGAUUGACUCUGAUAGUGACGUGGAGUUUAUAGACAGGAUAGAUGUAGAGCCGCCUUUGUGGGAGAAGAGUGGAGAGGAUGAUACGUCGUCAGGGAGUAGGUUAAAAAAGAAUCUAGGGAGACUGGAAUUGAAUGGAGAGUCAGUUUUGGGAAGAGCAGAUGCAUGUCUAAGAAGUGGACUUGGAAGCAAGGAUCUGGGAAAGGGAAGGGAAGUUGAGAAAGGAGGUGUGGAUUAUGAAUAUUACUCAUCACUUGGAGAGGAUAUUUCGGACAUCAGUAUUGUUUCAGGGUCGUCGAUGGAGGGAUCUUCUGAUAUUGAAAUUCUGUCUGGGGAAGAGAAUGAAGGAGAAAGAAUGGAGAGGCACCCAGACUCAUGCAGUCUUAACAACGACUGCAUCCGAGCAACGUUUCUCAGGUCCUCUGGCGAGGAUAAGGAAGAUGUGGACAACUCGUUUCCAGCGCAUGUGCUUGAAGAGUCUUCUCUGUCGUCGCACGAAGACUUCGAGCCCAAGUCUAUAGAGGAGUUCUAUCUCCGAGAAGUUUUUAAGAUGAAGGAGUUUAGGACAAACCAGAGAGAAGUUAUACAGGCAUGUCUGUCGGGGAAGGAUGUAUUUGUGUUGAUGCCUACAGGAGGAGGAAAAAGCAUCUGCUACCAACUACCGGCUCUUGUUUACGAAGGUGUUACAAUUGUUGUAAGUCCCCUUCUCUCUCUUGUGCAGGACCAGAUUCUGAAUCUUCUGCAGAAGGAUAUUCUUGCACUUCCAAUUAACUCGAAUCUGAGUCGGACGGAAAGAAGGCUUGUGUUUGAGGCUCUCGGAAGUGACGAGCUAAUUUGCAAGAUAUUCUAUGUGACACCCGAGCUUAUUGCAAAGAGCGGGCAUUUCCACGAGGUGGUAUCUGGGCUUGUCAGAAGAGGGAGACUGAAGAGGUUUGUGAUAGACGAAGCCCACUGUGUUAGCCAAUGGGGACAUGACUUCCGGCCGGAUUACAAGGAGCUUGGGAGUAUAAGGAGAAGAUAUCCUUCGGUUCCUAUUAUAGCGCUGACAGCUACGGCAACGAAGAAGGUUGAGCUAGACAUCUUGGAGAAUCUUGGGAUUCGAGGGUGUGAGACAUUCAAGAUGAGUUUCAACAGGGCAAACCUGAGAUAUGAGGUGCGUGCCAAGACAAGCACAGUUGAACUUGACAUUGUAAGCUUUGUUCAGACACAUUUUCCUGACUGUUGUGGAAUAAUUUACUGUACAUCGAAGAAAGAAUGUGAAAUGAUUAGCGAGAAGCUGAAGAAGCAUAUGAAGACAGCAUUUUACCAUGCUGGGCUUAGUAAGAACGAAAGGAAUAGUGUACAAGAGAAGUGGAACAAAGGGGAGUUCAAGGUGAUUGUGGCAACAAUAGCAUUUGGAAUGGGGAUUGACAAGAAAGAUGUGAGGUUUGUUAUCCAUUACUGCAUACCCAAGUCGCUGGAAGGGUACUAUCAGGAGACAGGGAGAGCAGGAAGAGACGGGCUGGAGAGUGUAUGUGUACUGUUUUACACGUAUGGGGACAAGAAGAAGAUCAGUUUUAUGAUUGAAAAGGGAGAUGGAGGAUAUGAGCAGAAGCAAAGGCAGAAAGAGGAUUUGGAGGCGGUUAUCCAGUUCUGCGAGAACAAGACGGAUUGUAGAAGAAUGCAAGUACUGGCUCACUUUGGAGAGAAGUUUGAUCCUCAGCUGUGCAGAAAGACAUGUGACAAUUGCAGAAGAGAGACGAUUGUCAAAAGAGAUUAUAGCAAGGAGGCCCGGGAUCUGAUUCUUCUAGUGUAUACAAGUAGUCGUAUCACCUUAUGCCAAGCAGUGGAUGUAUAUAAGGGACUGUCGAACAAGAAGAGUAGGGAGUACUCCUGGAGUGAGUACUAUGGAAAGGGAAAAUUGCUGAGGAAGAUAACAAUAGAGAGGAUUCUCCGGAGCCUUAUAAGCCAUGGUUAUAUCCAGGAAAGAGUAGAGUUCAUGGAACGGAGGUUUUCGUGGUCAUAUCUUGUGGCCAGGAAGACAAAGAUUGAUAGGCUUGAACUGGAUGAGGAGGAGGAUUCUGCCAAUAAGACUGCGAAGGAUAAUGGGAGGAAAGAAGCUCCAAAGAGCAGAGGAAAUAGAAAAGGUAUAAAAAAGAUUAAAAGAUGA